UGUGUUAGGCCGUUAGGAUACAACAGCUCUCCACAAAUAAGCAUUUUUAAGCUAGUGGCUCAGUUCUGAACCUGCCAAACUCUGCUCCUGGAAACAGAGCGACAGAUAGGUAGAGAGAGAGAGAGAAGAGAGAGAGAGAGAGAGAGAGAGCGGUGGCAACAAAGUGGAGAGGUGAGAGAAGAACUGUCGUCUUGUGUUUGAUCUGGAUCAAAGAAGCGCUUCCUGCUGAACGCCAUCCUCAUAGUAAAUCGUGCUGAGUCCUGCUGGGAAAGGACAGAGGUCUCUCCAACAUACAUACAGAAGAAAGGUUGGCUGCCUUCUCGUCAUGGCCCCUCCUUAUCUGAGGAUGGUGCUGAUGGUGGUUGCUGUAGCAACAGGGGCCCAUUCAGCCAGUGAAGAGAACGAGUUGGAUUAUGGGUACUGGAACUACAGAGAGGGCGCUGACAGUGUGAAUGUGGCCAUGGUGCGCAGUGUGACCAGAGUUUUAGACGCUUGGGGAAAACGGAUCUUUAAUGAGAUCAAGACUUUACUGCACUCUCAGCCCAGCACACUGCUGCCUGACUACUCCAGGGUGCGCCCUCUGUCCGAGUCUGUCAACGACCUGUUCAGAGAAGUGUCCCUCCUGCGCAGGCGCAUCACUGAGCUCUCUCAUCGCUUAGCAACCCUGGAACCAUUCCUCCGUCAUCAUGGCUACCUGGAGGAGGUGAAAGAAGGGAAGCAAGAGGAUGAGGAGGCGGGAGGCCGCCGGGCUGCUUUGGCUCCCCAGAGUCUGAGAGGGGAGGUGGCGAGCCUGGCCCGGUACAGCCCGCCCAGGAGGAGCCGGGUUGUGAGGAGGAGACGGGUGAGAGUGCUGAAGCCCGGGGGAUUGAAGGAGGUGCAGGAGAGACUGACACACUGAGGGAGGAGGAGGAGUGUGGGAAAGUUUGUGAUACAGGGAGAGGCUUUGAAAUCCUCCUUAAUCAAUGCUAAUUUUAGAAUCCCUUUCUAAAACUAUUCAAUAUUCUUUUUUGUUAAAUAAUAAUAAUAAUAGUUAUUAUUAUGACAUCCCGAUUAAUUCCAUUAGGUCCAUCACAGUUCUGGCUUUACAAAAAUACUCAGAACUUUAAGAAAAUAAAGAAAUCAAUUUUCAGUGCUGUCUUAUAGUGAUAAUUAUUUAACUUUACAGGUUAAGACAGGAAAGAGUAAACCUCCCUGUAUUUCCCUAAGUCUGAAACACUAUGUAUAACUGACAGAUAAACAUAGACAAUAAUCAUCUCCAUAAACCCCAUCUGCCUGUGAAUCAGAUCCUGUGCUCCUCACAGGACCAGGAGGAUGUCUAGUUUUAGCCACAUGGUGUCAGUGCUGACCUGAUAUUGUGAUCACAUGUGCCAUUAGUUCUAAAUCAGUGCGAGCCUGAUCUUUUUGUUUUUGCCCAUCUGAAGUCAGGAACCGUGCUCGAAGACCCAGCAGGGGGUGCCUAUUAUCUGCUAACAUAAUUAUACUGUUUGUUUGCCUAUGGUGAUCGUGUCUGAGCAUGUGCGAUGUGGGCUCAGGCGACUGAACUUUCUGCCUUCAUUAAAACUUUGCCAAGUG